UUUUUUUUUGCCAAAUGGGUUUUUAAAUGUGCAUUUAGUAUAAUGCAUAGUUUAAGAUAGUAAAGUUUGAUAAGUUUGGGCAUAUGGACACUGUGGAGCUAACACUCCAAGAUAAAGGACAUUUCCAUCACCCCCAAAAGGUCUCUUGGAAUGUAUUCAGGUAUGUUCCUGACUCCCGGUAAUCACUGUUGUGUUUUGUUAUUAUAGAUGAGUUUUGCCUCUUCUAGAACCGCAUAUAAGUGGGAUUAUGCAGUGUUUGACUUCCUUCCCUUAACAUAAUGAUUUUUAAAAAUUUCGUUCAUGUUGCAUAAACAACAUGCUUAUGUUUGUUUUUUUCUCCUAAGUAUUCCAUUGCAUGAAAAUACCACAGUUUAUUUUUAUAUACUAGUAAUUGAUGCAGGGAGUUGCAUCCACAUUUUGGCUAUUAUGUGUAAAACUAAUAGAAACAUUUUUAUAUAGGUCUUUUUGUGGUCAUAUGCUUUUAUUGUUUUUUCAUAUGUUUUUAUUUUGGGUGGUAAAUAUUUAGGACUGGAAUUUGAGUCACAGGGUACAUGAAAUUUCACUUUAUAAGAAAGUACCAAAUUUCCUAAGUGUUUAUUUUAUUUCAUCCCAGCAGCAUGUUCUUAGAGUUCUAUAUUCCACAACCUCACAAAUACUGGAUUUUGUCAGUCUUUUAAAUUUUAGCCAUUUUAGUGUGUUUGUGGUGGUGUCUCAUUGUGUUUUUAAUUUGCAUUUUUCUGAUGACUGAUGUAAAAUACUUUGUGAGAUCCUUAUUGGCCAUUUGUAAAUUAUCUUUGUGAGGUAUAUAUUCAAUUUUGCACAUUUUAAAAUUUGGUGGUUUGUCUAAAUGUGUCUAUUUCUAGACUUUUUGUUCCAUUGAUUUGCCUUUUUUCACAUUUUACACUCUUUAUUAUAGCUUUCAUCUCUGUCAUUUUCUCCCCCCUCCCCCUUUUUAAAUUUAAAUUUUAGUUAACAUACAGUGCAGUAUUGGUUUCAGGAGUAGAACUCAGUGAUUCAUUACUUACAUACAACACCCAGUGCUCAUCACAACAAGUGCCCUUCUUAGUACCCAUCACCCAUCUCACCCCUCUCCCAUCUCACCCCUCUCCCAUCAACCUAUAGUUUUUUCUCUAUCAUUAGGAGUCUCGUGGUUUGUUUCCCUCUCUUCUCUCCGCACCUUCCCACAUGUUCAUCUGUUUUGUUUCUUAAAUUCCACGUAAGAGUGAAAUCAUUGGGUAUCUGUCUUUCUCUGAUUGACUAUGUUCUAGCUCCAUCCACGUUGUUGCAAAUGGCAGGGUUUCUUUUUGACGGCUGAGUAAUAUUCUGUUGUAUAUAUACACCACAUCUAUCCAUUUAUCAGUCAGUGGACAUUUGGGCUCUCUCCACAGUUUGGCUAUUGUUGAUAAUGCUGCUAUAAACACUGGGGUGCAUGUACCCCUUCAAAUCUGUAUUUUAAAAUCUUUUGGGGAAAUACCUAACAGUGCAGUUGUUGGAUCGCAGGAUAGUUCUUUUUAGUUUCUUUUUAAUUUUUUUAAAAGUUUGUUUAUUCAUUUUGAGAGAGACAGAGAGCAAGCGAGAGAGAGGGAGAGAGAGAGAAUCUGAAGCAGGCUCCCAGCCAUCAGCACAGAGCCCAACUCAGGGCUUGAAACCAUGAAAUGCGAGGUCAUGACCUGAGCCGAAACCAAGAGUCAGUCGCUCAACCGACUGAGCCACCCAGGCUCCACUAUUUUUGGUUUCUUGAAGAACCUCCAUAGUGUUCUCCAGAGUGGCUGUACCAGUUUGUAUUCCCAACAGUGCAAGAGGGUUUCCCUUUGCAUCCUGUCAACACCUGUUGUUUGUUGUGUUGUUAAUUUUAGCAAUUGUGACAGGUAUCAGGUGGUAUCUCAUUGUGUUUUUGGUUUGUAUUUACUUAGUGAUGAUUGAUGUUGAGUAUCUUUUCCUAUGUCUGUUAGCCAUCUGGAUGUCUUCUUUGGAAAAGUGUGUGUUCAUGUCUUCUGCCCGUUUCUUAACUGGGUUAUUUGCUUUUUGGGUAUUGAGUGUGAUUAUAUUAUAGUAAAUUUUAUUAUAUAUUAUAAGAUGUAGGUUUUUUUGUUAGAAACUUUUUACAAGAUUGAAGAAUUUUAUUGUUGGGGUCAAGAUAAAUCAGGUUCUAGCUUUUUUUGAUUUUAUUCUAGAACCCUUAAAUUUGUUAGUAUUUCUGUUUGUCUUUAACCUUUUGCUGAUUUAGGGAACAUUUUGAUCUAUUCAUGAAUGGAUGGAUGGAUGCUAUUGCCCCUAUUUAUUUAUUUAACCUUCUGUUUUUUAUGACUAUAGUCAUAGAAAUGAUCAUGACUUCUUCAAUACUAGGCACAAAUCCAAGAUGGUGACUGUAAGUCAAGGGCAAUCAGAUUUUUUUUUUCCUCUUGUGAAAAUUCCACUUCUUCCAAGUGCAUCUUACACUUUGUGUUACAUAGGUAUAAUGUAAUGCCUGCUCUGUGUUCUGCCAGUUCUAAAGGAUAUAGAAAUUGUAAUUGGAUGGUUUGUUAAUAACAAGCAUGAAGUUCUCAAGAUAGAAACACAGGUCUCUGUGAUUAGCAAAGCCCCCUUUGCCCCUUUUAGUGUUCAUGGAGAAACCCAGGAAAAAUGAAAAACUGGAAGCCUUGGAUUGAUACUUAAUUCCUUCCUUUAGAAGCUACUCCACAGGGAGCAGCUAGUUUACAGAGACUUUGCUACUGAAGAAUGAGAGACAUGGUAGUAGAAGGAUGUAAAUAGCUACUUCUUAAAGUUAGUGUUGUUCUUCUCUCUAUGGAUUUUGGACCACUAUACAGGCUUGAGAAGUUUGGACGAAAUGGACAAAUUCCUGGAAAGAAACUGAGUCAAGAAUAUAACUCCGAUACAAAAACUAGACAAGGACAUCACAAGUAAAAGAAAGUACAGAUCAAUAUUUCUUAUUACACAAAAAAUCCUCAACUACAUACAUACAUACUGAAUCAAAGAGCAUAUAAAAAGAAUUAUGCACCAUGAUGAAGUGGGAUUUAUCCCAGCAGUGCAAAGUUGGCUCAGCAUAUGACAAAGUAAUACACUAGGUUAAAAGAAUAAAGGGGGAAAAACUCACAUGAUCACCUUAGCAGAUGUAGAGAAACCAUUUAACAAAAUCCAGCGCCCUUCAUGAUUAAAAACACUCAACAAAUGAAGAUUAGAACAGCAUCUGUGAAAAGCCUGUCUCUAACAUUAUACUUGAUGGUGAAAGACUGAAGGUUUUACUCUUAAGUUCAGAAAUAAGACAAGAAUGUUUGCUUUUGCCACCUUUAUUCAACAUUGUGCUGGAGGUUCUAGCCAGGGCAGUUAGGCAAGAAAAAGAAAUAAAGACAUCCAGAUUGGGAAGGAAUAAAAUAAUUUUUGUUUGCAGAUGACAUGACCUUAGAUAAAGAAAAUUCUAAGGAAUCCACAAAAAAAGCCCAAAGCUUGUUAGUACUAAUAUAUGAAUUCAACAAGGUUAUAUGUUACAAGAUCAUUGUACAAAAAUCAGUUGUAUUUAAUUCUAGACAUGAACCAUCUAAAAAGGAAAUUAAGAAAAAAAUUCCUUUUAUAAUAUAAUCAAAAGGAAUAAAGUACUUAGGAAUAGAUUUAACAAACGUAUAAGACUUGUGCACUGAAAAUUCUAAAACAUAUUUUGAAAAAUUAAGGAUGACUUAAAUAAGUGAAAAACUAUUUGUGUUCAAGAAUUAGAAGACUUCAUAUUAAGAUGAUAGUAUUCCUCAAAAUGAUCUACAGAUUCAGCGCAAUCCCUAUCAAAAUCCUAGCGACAUUUUUGCAGAAAUUGCUAAAAUUAGUAUUGUAUAGCCAAAACAAUCUUGAAAAAGAAAAAAACAAAGCUGAGAGACUCACACUUCCUCAUUUCAAAACUUAACUACAAAAGGACCCAAGAGUAUACGAUGAGGGAAAUGACAAUCUCCAAUAAAUGUUGAUGGGAAAACUGGAUAGCCACAUACAAAAGAAUGAAACUGGAACUCUAUCUUAAAUUAUACACAAAAAUUAACUCAAAAUGGAUUAAGGACUUGAGUGCAAGACCUGAAACCAUGAAACUCCUGAACAUAGGUGGUGAGCUUUUUGACAUAAGUCUUGGUGAUGAUGUUGUUAAUCUACACUAAUAGAAAAAGCAACAAAAGCAAAAAUAAACAAGUGGGACUACAUCAUACUAAGAACGGCUUCUGCAUUGGCAAAAGAAACCAUCAGCAAAAUGAAAAGGCAGCCUACUGAAUGGAAGAAAAUAUUGGCAAAUUAUGUGUCUGAUGAGUGUUUAAUAUCCAAAAUAUAUAAACAAUCCAAUUAAAAAUGGGCAGAGGUUCUGAAUAGACAUUUUUUCAGAGAAGACAUGGCCAAUAGGUACAUGGGAAGAUACUCAACAUUGCUAAUCCCCAGGAAAGUGCAAAUCAAAACCACAGUGAAAUAUCACCUUACACCUGUUAGAAUGAUUAUUAUCAAAAAGACAAGAAAUAACAAAUGUUGGCAAGGAUGUGGAGAAAAGGAAACACUUGUUCAGUGAGGAUGGGUACAGCCAGCAUUGAAAACAGUGUGAAGGUUCUUUAAAAAAUAAAAAACAGAACCCAACAAUACUUUGGGUAUUUAUCUGGAGAAAACAAAAAAUUUCAAAAAGAUAUAUGCACCCAUGUUCAUUGUGGCAUUACUUACAAUAGCCAAGAUAAGGAAACAAUAUGUCCAUCGAUGAAUGGAUGAAGAAAAUGUAUAUAUACAAUGUCCUGUAUACACAAUGUAUAUACAGUGGUUUUUACUCAGCCAUAAAAAAAUGAAAUCUUAACCAUUUGUGACAACAUGGAUGGACCUUGAGGGCAUUAUGCUAAGUGAAAUAAGUUAGAGGAAGGCAAAUACUACAUAAUCUGACUGAAAUGCAGAAUCUACAAACAAAAAUAAAAAACUAAGCUCAUAGAUACAGAAUGGAUUGGUGGUUGCCAGAGGUGGGGGGGGUGGGUGAAAUGAGUAAAGGGGAAGAGGAUUAAAAAGUACAAACUUCCAGUUAUAAAAUAAGUAAGUCAUGGCAAUGUAAUAUACAGCAUGGUGACUAUAGCUGAUAAUGUACAUUUGGAAAUUGCUAAGAGAGUAGAUCUUAAAAAUCUUCAUAAGAAAAAAGAUUUUGGUAACUAUGUAUGGUGACACAUUAACUAGGCUUAUUGUGGUGAUCAUGUAGUAAUGUAUACAAAUAAUGCAUUGUUUUGUUAUAUACCUGAAACUAACACAAUAGUUCGAUUAUAUCUCAACUGGAAAAAAUUUACUUCAGAGCUACAGUAACUAAGACUUUGUGGUACUGACAUAACCUGAUAUAGAUCAGUGAACAGAAUACAGAGUCCAGAAUUAAACCCAUAUGAUUAUGGGCAAUUGAUUUUUGAUAGGAUUACCAAGACAAUUCAGUAGGUAAAGAAUGGUCUUUAACAAAUGGUGCUGUGACAGUUGGAUAUUCACCUGCAAAGAAUGAAGGUUUUACUCCUACCUUGUACCAUAUGUAAAAUUAACUCAAGAUGGAAUGGAGAUGUAAAUGUAAGGUAAAACUGUAAAACUCAUAGAAGCAAACAGAUCUAAAUCUUACGGUUUUGGAUUAGGUAGUGGUUUCUUAGAUAUGACACAUAAUCACAAACAACCAAAGAAAAAUAGAUUCGUUGGACAUAACCUUAAAGACUUGUGCAUCGAAGGACUCUAUCAAGAAAAUGAAAAGAUAAAUAACAGAAUUGGAGAAAAUAGCUGUAAGCCAUGCAUCUGCUAAGUCUCAUAUCCAGAUAAAGAACUGUUACAACUCAAUAAUAAAAAGAAAAAUGACCUAAUUUAAAAAAUGAGGAGGGGUGCCUGGGUGGCUCAGUUGGUUAAGUGUCCAACUUCGGGUCAGGUCAUGUUCUCUGGGUCGUGGGUUUGAGCCCCAUGUUGGCUUCAGUGCUGACAGCUUAGAGCCUGGAGCCUGCUUCAGACUCUGUGUCUUCUUCUCUCUCUGCCCCUCCCCAACUUGCGCUCCAUCUCUGUCUGUCUCUCAAAAAUAAAUAAAAAUGUUAAAAAAAUUAAAAUUAAAAAAUAUAAAAAAUGAGGAAAGGAUUUGAAUAUACAUUUCUCCAGAAAAGAAAUACAAAUGGCCAAUAAAGUCAUGAAGAGAUUCUCACCUGAUUAGUCAUUAGGAAGAUGCAAAUCAAAAGUACAAUGCGAUCACCACUUCACACCUAAAAGGAUGACUAAAGUUAAAAAAGAUGGUAAUAAAUGCUGACAAGGAUGUGGAGAAAUUUGAACCCUCAUUCUUGGCUGCUGGAGAUGUAAAAUGAUACAGCUGAUUUGGACAACAAUCUCUAAAGUUAAAUACAGAGUUACCAUAUGGUCCAUAAGUCAUACUUCUUGGUAUAUAACCAAGAGACUUGAAACCUGUGUUCACACAAAAACUCAUUAGAAUUGUUCAUAGCAUUAUUCAUGAUAGCCAAAAAGUAGGAACAAUCUGUCAAACAUUCAUCAACUGAUACUAAACAAAAUGGUAUAUUUGUGCUACAGAAUAGUAUUCAGCCAUAAAAAAACAAACAAACCAGGCAUUACUGAUACAUGCUAUAAUGUUAUUUGAACUUUGAAAACAUGUUAAGUGAAAGAAGCCAGUCACAAGAUGCCACGUUUUGUGAUUCCAUUUAUAUGAAACAUUUAGAAUAGUUAGAUCCAGAGACACAGAAAGUAGAUUUGUAGUUGCCAGGGGCUGGAAGAAGAGGAGAAUGGUGAAUGACUUUUAAUGAGCCAUGAUUUUUUUGAAGUCAUGAAUAUAUUCUGGAAUUCGAUACUGGCAAUUCUUACACAUUCUGAAUAUACUAAAACCUACAGGGGCGCCUGGGUGGGUCACUUGGAUGAGCAUCUGACCCUUGAUUUUGGCUCAGGUCAUAAUCCUUGGGUUGUGGGAUUGAGCCCUGUGUAUUGGGCUCUGCGCUGAAUGUGGAGCUUGCUUAAGAUUUUCUCUUUCUCUUUCUGCAACUGUCCCCUGCUUGUACUCAACGUGCUUUCUUUAACAAACCAACACAACUCCUCCCCCCCCGCCCCCACUAAAUUGUACACUAUAAAGAGGUGAAUUUUAUGGAAAGGAAUUCUAUCUCAAUUCUGUUAAGUUUUUAAAAAAAUGAUUUUAGAGUUAAAAUAUAUUGGAUGAUAUACAAUCCAAAUAUUUUUUCUUCUCUAUUUAAAAAUUAAAUUUUUUAUUAGAAUGCACACAUGCUCACACAUGGGAGCUGGGGAGGGGCAGAGAGAGAGGAAGAGAAAGAAUCUUAAGCAGGCUCCAUUCCCAGCAUGGAGCCUGACAUGGGGCUUGAUCUCUUAACCCUGAGACCAUGAUCUGAGCCGAAAUCAAAGAUGCUUAACCAACUGAGCUGUCCAGGCGCCUCUUACACAUUUUAAUAUAAUCAAAUGUCUUAUUUUACUUACUUAUUUCAAGUUUAUGUAUUUAUUUUGAGAGAGAGUGCACACAGCAGAGAGGGGCAGAGAGGAGAGACAGAAUCCCAAGCAGGCUCUCCCCAUCUGCACAGAGCCCAGUGUGGGGCUUGAACUCCCAUUCCGCAAGAUCAUGAUCUGAGUUGAGAUCAAGAGUUGGACGCUUAACCAGCUGAGCCACCAGGCACCCUCAUAAUCAAAUAUUAAUGAUUAAAACUUGAGUACAUUUUAUUAUGAAGUACUUGUGGGAAAUUGGAUGUACUCUUAAAAUUCUCAGUUACUUUGUAUCAUGUCUUGUAAAAUUGCUGUAGUAAAAUAUAAAUGUUAUUUUCGGUUUUUUGAAGUGGUCAUUUUAUAUAAAGUUUAAUUUUUGUUUUACUUCGAUAUUGGUUUCAUUAGGAUUAUAUUAAUAAGUUAGCUCUGUGUUGCAGGAGUAGUAUUAUCAAUUUGUUAACAGAUGAGAGGAUACAUUUCAGUUCUUGAUGCAAGAUUUUAUUUAGGGGUUAAAAAGAAAGGGGGAUUUAUUAAGUUGUAUGAUGCUAUAGUGAUGAUUUAGCACGAAAGGGAAACUAAAAUUGAAGUGGUCCUUAGAACACUAAAUGAGUGGUUGACAGUUACUGUAGAGUUGUAUAUCAGUUUAUCCCUUUUCUAAGGCAGGUCCCAACUGUCGAAUGUAUUAAGGUAUUUAGAAUUUGGGAGGAAGAGAUGUAAAAGGAGAUAAUUCAUCAUUUUAAAAAUUAUAAUUCUUAGUGGUAAAAUAAUAAAGGAAUAUAAAUGAGCUUUAUUAUUUUUUUGUUAUUAUUAUACUUCUGGGGUUUAAUCUUUGGUAAGUUUGGAGCUUCUCAGAAAAUAAAAAUUAAGUACGAUAUGUGUUAGCUAUUCCUGUAUAAGAAAUUGUUCUAGGAAACCAAUUUGAUGAUAAAUUAUAUUUUUAAAAAAAGGAUAAGAGAAAGAAACUGCUCUAGAACUCAAUGGCUUAAUUAUUCUUGAGUUAAUUCUUGUUAAUAUUUAGUUAAUUAAUAGUUAAUUAUUCUUGAUCACAUAUCUGUAGAGCAGCUAUGGGUUAGGUGACUUAGGUUAGGCUUGCCUGGGCAGCUUUGGGUGUGGGUGGUCUUUAUAUCUCACUGUGGGUUGGGCUUAGCACCUCAUGUGGAGUUAGGCUCACUUCUCCUCUUUGUGUUUAUUCUGGGGUCUAGGCUGAAGGGUUGCCUUCAUCUACCCGGUGAAACUCUUUUCAUGGUGAUGGCAGAGGUGCAAGAGGGCAAGCCCUGCUGCACAAAGAAAUUUCAAACCACUGUUUGCAUCAUUUCUGCUAAUGUUUCAUCAGUCAAAGCAAGUUAGAUGGCUAAGGCUAUGGGUGCAGGGAAGUAUACUCUGCUCACCAUGAGGCCAAAGGAAGGCAUGUGGCCAGGCUCAGCAUCAGUUGGGAAGGAAAAUAUACUCCUUCUAUGGAGCGAAGGUUUGGAGACAGUGAUUAUAUUUGAAGAUAAACCUAAUCUAUUAUAUCUAAUCUAUUAAAAAUGAGGUAUGUGAUGCUUUGCAUUGUCAUUAGGCAGUUGUUUUAUCUAGCUUAGUCUUAAGUUGUUUUAAUAGAUCAAUUAGUAGAUAAUAGUAUUUUUUUAUUCUCAUGUGUUUUAAUAGAUUGUUUUAUUUUAGUUAUAGGAUUUUUUUAAGAUUAAUUCCCAAACACAAGAAGUUAUUAGAAGCAUCAUUUAUUGGAAAUAUCAUCAUUCAAUUUAAAGAAACAGUGACAUGUGAUUUCUGUCUCAAUAAGCCUACUCAUUGUGAAGAGUGAAAACAAGGAUGAAGACAUUUAUGAUGACCCACUUCCAUUUAAUCAAUAGUAAAUAAUCAUCAUGGCAUACAGUUAAUAAACUUAUCUGUUGUAUGUUUGUCUUCCUGUGAAAAUCUAAUAACUUGUGGCAAGAACUGUAUGAGACAUUUUUCUUUCAUCAUCAUCAUCAUUGCUUAAGUAUUCAUCGUAUAGAAAAUCAUGUACAAGACUUGUAUGGAAGUGGAUAGCUUAUCCUUACAUAGGCAUAAGGUGCUGUGUAAUGUGUUAAGAGGAUAUUUUAAGGAAUGAUUUUGUCAAAUUUUCAUGAGUUAUGGUGGCUGAAAGAUCAGUUCUAUCUUGUGGGAAAAGAAUUAAAUGGCAGCACAAAAGGAAAUCUAUAUUAAUAGAGUAUUUUAUUAAACUAAAAAGGUUAGAUAAGAACUUUAAACUAACAGUCUCAGCAAACAAGGAGAGAAACCUACUAGCUGUAAGACAUGUUUCAAAUGAAUCGAAGUCCAGUAACUGUAGACUUCAGAAGAAAAAAGUUUUCAAAAUCUUUGUCAAAACAGGUCAGUGAUAAAUAACUCCUCCAGUAAUAGGGCUAGGCCUGAAAACCAUAAUUAACUGAAAAAUUAACAAAACAGUUUGAACCUGAAUUAAGUUUUUUUCAUAAAAAAUUUUAAAAAUAUCAAAUUAGAAUUAAAUUUUCCUCAGAUUUCUAUUGCCUUGCCCAAAAGUAAAGCAAAUAUCUUUUAGCCUUCAUACCAGCUUUUCUCAUGUCCUAGGGAUGACUGAAACCUUAUUUGAAGCAAACUAGUAUUUUUGUUGAAAAUGUACAUCAGCCUCAAAGUUGAUUUUUAAGACCUUCUCAGAAUAAUACUAGACAUUCAGCAUUCACACCUACCAGGACACAAACAUCCUCUCAAAUACUACUGAGAAAAGGAGGACCUUACUCAGGAAUGAUGUCCAUUCAGGAGAAAUCAAAAGAAAAUUCCUCCAGUGUUAUUAAAAAACGUGAAGAUAAGAAUUUAGAAACACAAAUUCAAGGUUCUCAAACGAAUCUGGCAAAAAAAUCAGGCCCAAAGGAAACUAUCAAAUCACUGGUUAAAUCUUCUAGUGAGAGUAAAAUAAAUCAAUCUGAAUUAGGAACAUGCAUGAGUACAAGGUCAGCAAAAGCAGCAUCCAAUGAUAAAAAAGCUAGCAAGUCCAUUAAUAAAAAUAUGGUGACUGUGAAGGGACAUUCACAACAAGAAUCUACAAAAAAGAAAAAAUUACCUCAGAAAAAGUCAGUGCAUGGAACUCCUAAAUCAAAUGAACAGUUUAACCGGAGGUCACAGAGACUUCAACAGUUAACAGAAGUUUCAACAAGGUCUCUGCGUAAUAGAGAAAUUCAGGGUCAAGUUCAAGCAGCUAAACAGAGUUUGCCACCAAGAAAAGAGCACUGUAACAAUACUCAAAGUAAAUCUAAUAAAGUUAAAACAAGUCAAAAACAUGUGAAAAGAAAAGUACCGGAAAUAAAGUCUGACACUAAAGAGGAUGAAAAUCUAGUAAUUAAUGAAGUAAUAAAUUCCCCCAAAGGAAAAAAACGCAAAGUAGAGCAUCAGACAGCUUACACUUGUAAUUCUCAGUGCAUAAAAGGAUCUGAAAAGGGUCUUCAGAAGAAUACUAGAAAAGAGGAAACAAAAUCUGUGCCUGUAACUUCUGAGAUAAAAAGAUCAAAAAUGGUUACUUCAGCAGUCUCUAAAAAGAAUGAGAUGAAGAAGUCAGUUCAUACGCAAGUGAAUACUAGUGCAAAAUCCCAAAAAAGUCCACAGCCAUCAGUGCCUGAACAAAGUGUAGAUAAUGAGCUGGAGCAAGCGGGAAAGAGCAAACGGGGUAGUAUUCUCCAGCUCUGUGAAGAAAUUGCUGGUGAAAUUGAGUCAGAUACUGUAGAGGUAAAAAAGGAAUCUUUACAAAUGGAAAGUGUAAAGGAGGAGAAGCCUACAGAAAUAAACUUGGAAGAGACUAAUAAUGAAAGACAAAUACUUCAUCAGAAGGAAACAAAUCAGGAUGUUCAAUGCAAUCGUUUCUUUCCCAGUAGAAAAACAAAGCCUGUGAAAUGUAUAUUAAAUGGAAUAAACAGCUCAACUAAAAAGAACUCCAACUGGACUAAAAUUAAACUCUCAAAAUUUAACUCUGUGCAGCAAAAUAAGUUGGACUCUCAAGUUUCCCCUAAAUUGGGCUUAAUACGAACCAGUUUUUCACUACCAGCCUUAGAAAUGCAUCAUCCAGCAACUCAGAGUACAGUUUUAGGGACAAAACCACAUGAUGACAAAAAUAUAGGUUGCCAGCAGGAAGAAACUAAAGAAAUUAAUUCUGAAGAAGUUAAAGUUAAUGAUGUUACAGUUGAAAUUAAUAAAACUACAAAAAGGGCUUCUGAAAAUUGUCAUUUGGAUAAUCAGAUAAAACCACCUCCUGACCCACCGUUGGAUAACCAGAUGAAAGAUUCUUUUGAAUCAACACCAGAUAAGAAUUUCAGUCUGUGUUUGGAAUCCAAGCUUCAAAACAAUCCCGUGGGAAAUACCUCUACUGUUUCAGCUUCACUCAAUCAAGCAAAAGUUGAUACAGGAGAGAAUAAAUUUCCAGGUUCAACUCCCAAACAACACACUAUACUCAGUAACCAAACAUCUAAGACCAAUGAUAACAGGGAGACACCACCAAAUCAUUCUUGGCCUAAGUGUAAUUCCCAUUUGGAGAUAACAAUUCCAAAGGACUUGAAACUAAAAGAAGCAGAGAAAGUUGAUGAAAAACAGUUGAUCAUAGAUGCAGGACAAAAAAGAUUUGGAGCAGUUUCCUGUAAUGUUUGUGGCAUGCUCUACACAGCUUCAAAUCCAGAAGAUGAAACACAGCAUCUGCUCUUCCACAACCAAUUUAUAAGUGCUGUAAAAUAUGUGGGUUGGAAAAAAGAAAGAAUUCUGGCUGAAUAUCCUGAUGGCAGGAUAAUAAUGGUUCUUCCUGAAGACCCAAAGUAUGCUCUGAAAAAGGUUGACGAGAUUAGAGAGAUGGUUGAUAAUGAUUUAGGUUUCCAACAGGCUCCACUAAUGUGCUAUUCCAGAACUAAAACACUUCUGUUUAUCUCUAAUGACAAAAAAGUAGUUGGUUGCCUAAUUGCGGAACAUAUCCAGUGGGGCUACAGAGUUAUAGAAGAGAAACUUCCAGUUAUCAGGUCAGAAGAAGAAAAAGUCAGAUUUGAAAGGCAGAAAGCCUGGUGCUGCUCAACAUUGCCAGAGCCUGCAAUCUGUGGGAUCAGUCGGAUAUGGGUAUUCAGCAUGAUGCGUAGGAAGAAAAUUGCCUCUCGCAUGAUUGAAUGCCUAAGGAGUAACUUUAUAUAUGGCUCAUAUUUGAGUAAAGAAGAAAUUGCUUUCUCAGAUCCCACUCCUGAUGGAAAACUCUUUGCAACACAGUACUGUGGCACUGGUCAGUUUCUGGUAUAUAAUUUUAUUAAUGGACAAAAUAACACUUAAAACAAAUUCUUGCCUCUUGCUUGCAGUACUAGAAGACAUCUACUGAAGAGAAUGGAUUGGUUGCUGACUUUAACCAGGAACUAGGGCCAUUUUUAUUACAAUGAACUCAGGACUGGCAACAACCAUAAGGUUGUUCCAUUUUCAUAAAAUUGGAAACAAUGCAGUAAUAGCUUAUUAUUGUUUUGUUUUUUAAAGAAGAUAUUUUAUUAUCUUUUACAGAAAUUUAUGAUUGAUGUAUUUUAUCUAUAGUUAUUUAGACAUGUUUACAUGCAGCAGAUAAUUGUUCAUAGUGGACUGAAAACUAAUGCAAGGACUAUGGUCUCAGUGAUAAGUAUAUUUUGAAGUUCUUAAUAUGGAAAUAUACCAGUGUAGCUUGGUACUGUAUUUUUUUAUAUUGAUCUGCUGAUACCAGUUAUAGUUUUAAAGAUUGUAUUUUUACAGAGCGGAAAACAAUGUUUUUGAGUUACUAUUCAAGGAGGGUGCAAUAUUGCCUAUUUAGGAAUUCAAAGCUAAUUGUUAAAGGGUCUGAAAUACAUUUUGAAGGAACCCCUGCAAAAAAGCAAAGUUCCAAAUAAGCAGGAAGAAUUUGGAAUAUUGAGCAUUUUCUUCCAUUUCUUUCUUUCCUAUUCUCGAUGCAGGAGGAAGUGGAAGGUGGUAUAGAAUAGAGGCUUUCCUUCUUGGAGAGCUUUAUUGUAGUGACUAGAAUUAGAAAAUACCCUCUAAAGUUUAUUAUUCUUUCAUUCUGGUUUUAUUUCUUAAAAUAAAUGUUAAUUGGGUACACUUAGGCUAGUAACAGAUCCCAAAGAGGUUUUAUAAAAACCUGUGGAAUAGUUGUAAGCUAACUAUGGAUGACUUGGUAUCUGCUUUGUUAUUCCUCAGAAAUACUACACUGAGUAUAUGCCUGCGUUACUGGACUUCAUUUUGAUACUUGUCUAUCCUUCAUAGUGCCCUCUACUUUAAAGGGUUUAUAUGUUGAAAAACUGCUGUGGCCUUUUAUGACCUUGUAUAUAAUGUAGAAUAAAAUAAUAAAAUACUUGAUAGCUUUUUCUAAGUGAUAAAUGUGA